AUGCACAUUUUGUUGACAUGCAUACUUUGCAUUACGCUGUUCUUUUUUUUUUGUUUCAUUCCAUGGAGUAACUUCCUCAGCACGAAACUUUUGAUACACAAACACAAAAUCAAAUUUGAAAAAAAAAAUGCGACUUUUGAAUUUGAACGAAAACUUUUAAAAAAAAAAGUCGCAUUUUUCUCUCUCAAUCGAAAUCACAACAAAUCUCAAAAUUUUUCGCGGUAUUUCGACGAAACCACAACAAACAAAAAAAACAAAUGUUUAUACCACUUCUUUUUCUUCAACCAUCAACAAAAAACAACAAAUUAUACACCAUUUCAAUGGUCUAAUCUCUUUUUAACACUAUAUAGUGGUUUAGUUUAA